UGUCGGCGCAAUGCCCUUUCUUAACCUUCAUAAACGGUUCCACACUGACUAAUGUUGACAUUAAUUCGUUAUCAGUACAUGAAGCAGUGAAUGUGAAAAGUGUAACUUCCUCGUUCAGCGCAGAGUUUCUUGGCUAUCCCAGUUUUAUAAUAUCCAUUGUAGCAGGCAGCUUCGCAAUAAAUAGCAUAUUAACGAUAGGUUACUCUAAGUACUUCGUUCGGUGAAGCUUCAUUUUUGAUCCACUCUCCCACAGCAUUCCUUGCAAGUCUUACUAGCUUCAACUGCAAUGGCUUUAAACAAACUUAGUCUUGAUAAAUUAAAUUUGACAGGAAAGAGAAUUCUAAUGAGAUCAAAGCUUCAUCAGAAGCAGUGAAAGCAUUCAGAGAAUCGUUGAGAAAAUUAGGCGAUGUUUAUGUGAACGAUGCCUUUGGUACAGCUCACAGAGCACAUAGUUCCAUGAUGGGUGAAGGUUUUGAUCAACGGGCGUCAGGCUUUCUCAUGAAAAAAGAACUGACGUACUUCGCCAAAGCUUUGGAUAAUCCUGAAAAACCUUUCUUGGCUAUUUUAGGAGGAGCUAAAGUAGCUGAUAAAAUUCAAUUGAUUGAAAAUUUGCUGGACAAAGUGUCUGAAAUGAUUAUAGGAGGAGGAAUGGCAUAUACAUUCUUGAAAGAAUCAAAAGGAAUGCAGAUUGGAACAUCACUCUAUGACGCUGAAGGUGCCAAAAUAGUUAAAAAACUGCUGGAUAAAGCUGAAGCUAAUAAAGUAAAAAUUUACCUUCCUGUUGACUUUGUAACUGCCGACAAAUUUUCGGAAGAUGCUGCCACAGGAUCAGCUACUGUUGAAUCUGGCAUUCCUGAAGGUUGGAUGGGUCUUGAUGUUGGACCAAAGUCAAGAGAGCUUUUUACUGAACCAAUUCUAAGAGCCAAAGUCAUCGUAUGGAAUGGGCCUGCUGGUGUUUUUGAAUUUCCCAACUUCGCAAAUGGAACCAAAGCCAUAAUGGAUGCAGUUGUGAAAGCCACAACCCAAGGUUCAACAACCAUCAUUGGUGGUGGAGAUACUGCUACUUGUGCUGCCAAAUGGAAUACUGAAGAUAAAGUGAGUCAUGUCAGCACCGGCGGUGGUGCCAGUCUAGAAUUAUUAGAAGGAAAAAUCCUUCCGGGUGUGGCAGCACUGUCAGAUGUUUAAGUCAUCACUCAAAAUCUUUUCAAAUUACUCUUCAACAAAAUUCCUUCUUGAUUGAUACUUUAAUCAAUAAUUGUUUUGUUUUGUUUUGUUUUUUUUUUCAUAUUUAACUCUUACUUUGAACAGAACAAAGUUCCACAGCAUACUUCUUUUUCUGUUUUUUCCAUCUUUUUUUUCAUCACUUUAAGUUCUGUUAGCCGUUAAUUAUUUUAAUUAUAAUAAAUAAUAUUUUUAGAGCGUUAAAUUAUUUGAUUUUGUGCUAUUGAGUACAGUUCUGAAUCUGUGUUUAUUUUUUUAUUUCUAACAAAAUAAUUAAAUAAAUGGAUGAUUUAAA